GCCAGUAUGUGCCGGCGAGGGCAAGCGGUGACAGAUCUCUGCUGAAGCAUCAUGGGAAACUCCUCCAGCAUGUCAGUGAAGGAGCUGAGCGCAUGUCAUUCCCAUCAGUGGUACCGCAAGUUCAUGACCGAGUGUCCGUCCGGUCAGCUCACCUUCUACGAGUUCAAGAAGUUCUUCGGCCUGAAGAAUCUGUCAGAAACAUCCAACGAGUACGUCAAGACCAUGUUCAAGACGUUCGACAUAAACGACGACGGCUGCAUUGAUUUCAUGGAGUACGUGGCGGCUCUGAGUUUGGUUCUGAAGGGUGGCGUUCAGCAGAAACUGCGCUGGUACUUCAAGCUGUUCGACGUGGACGGCAGCAGCUGCAUCGACCGCGAGGAGCUGCUGCUCAUCUUCAAGGCCAUUGAAGCCAUUAAAGGAGUAGAGCAGGAGUUUUCCGCGGAGGAGUUGACCGACAUGGUGUUUAACAAGAUCGACGUUAACGGAGACGGCGAGCUGUCUCUGGAUGAGUUCAUCGAGGGCAUCCAGGCGGACGAGGUUCUGUCGGUGAUGUUGACCCAGAGUCUGGAUCUGACUCAUAUCGUCAGUAAUAUCUACACAGACAUCGGCUCUGAGCAGCAGCUCAACUGACCCCAGACCAGCCCGAGAUCAGGGUGCCAAACCAGAGGAAGAUGAGGAGCGUGAAGCUUUAAACCCUCACAGUAUUAAUAGUGUUCAUCUGGAUUUCAGCAGCCUGAUUAUUCCCCGUAACCUCACACAGUAACUGAGACUAGAGCAAACGCUUCGCUUAAGUGCACUUAUGCAGGUUUUAUUUGUGAUCUUAAAACCUUUAGGUUUCAACAAAACCUGUGAAAUACUUUUCUUCAGCCCUGUGAUGUGUAUCAGGCAAAUAAUCUGUCCUGCAAGAACUCGAUUUUAAUAUGACUCGGUAUUAUUAUUAUAGAUAUGAAGUAUCGUAGUGUGCAUUUGUACUGUUACUGUAAUUUUACAC